AGAAGAACUUGUUUCCAAAGGUUUCAGAACUUUCAAUAUCAAGCAUAAACAAUCGCCCACAGAUCUUUGCACUCCUGUCGCAAAUGUGCAUAAACCGACGUGCUAACCCGCACUCCUUGCCAUUUGCCAGCGGAGGCGGUCCCGCUUUGGUCGAAUUCUGGGCAUGAAUUUAUACAAAUGGUGUCGACGAAAUUUAACUGUCAGGAUAAAAUGACGUGGCAGUUGAUCGUCUUUUUUAUGGCUAAGGUCAUCAUAUUCGGAUCCGACAGCAGCGAGCUCCACACCUCGAAUCCUAUGAAUUUAGACCGCUCGAUCUCUACCGCUAUCUUUGACCGUACGAUCUGUCCCUACUUCGAGAUCCGACCGUCCAAUAUUGGAAUUUGAUUUCAAAAGUAGAGAGGGAGAGAGAGAAAGAAGGAGAAAGGCAUUCGCGUCUUCGUCGUCGCUCUAUAGAUUUCCAGCAUCCGAACAAUAAAAAUCCCAUCUUUAUCUCCCUGCGAUUUAGCCUCUCCGGCCCGCCGCCGCUUCUUGCGGCGGAUCUCCUCCUCUCGACUGUCUCUCGGACUCUGGAGAUUCCCGGAGACUAACUCCCCUCUUUGCCCCCUUUCCAGCUUUGGCUUCUUGGUCUAAGAUGUGUUUGCUCGUUCCGACUUGGGGAGGGUUUUAGAUACUUCGCUAAGGAGUACAAUUGGGAAGGAAUUAUUCGGAGGGAUUGACGAAUUGAUCCUCAGAUCGGCGUUACGAACGCCAAUGGAGCAAAUUGAUCAACCUACGUCAACGCCGCCCGAUGUCCCUCCUAGAAAACUCGUCCGCCAGCUGGAUUUCACGGCCUCGGUCUAUGGUGGAGGUUCCACUUCGGCGACAGUACCGGUGGCCUUUGAUCCGUCGCAGUCGCACUGGCUACCUCUGCACCCGCCGGCUUCUCUGCCCAUGUCGCUUUCGUCAAUUUCUUCGAUUUCUGUAUCCACGGAUCUCUGCAGAAAGCCACAAUCACCCAAGUCAAGACAAGACACGCAACCAGUCUACAAUACUAAAGAGGGUACACCAACUAGAAAGAGGAAUUGCAACUGCAAACAUUCAAAAUGCUUGAAACUGUAUUGUGAAUGUUUUGCAUCUGGAGUUUAUUGUGAUGGCUGCAACUGUACAAACUGCUGUAAUAAUGUUGAGAAUGAAACUGUUAGGCAUGAGGCUGUUGAAGCUAUUCUAGAGCGCAAUCCUAAUGCCUUUAGGCCUAAGAUUGGUAGUAGCCCAUAUGCACUUCGAGAUAAUAGGGAUGAAUCAGUAGAACCUCCUUUGGUAGGACGGCACAAUAAAGGAUGUCACUGUAAGAAAUCUGGGUGCCUCAAGAGAUAUUGUGAGUGUUUUCAAGCCAAUAUUCUCUGCUCUGAUAAUUGCAAAUGUAUGGAUUGUAAGAACUUUGAGGGAAGUGGAGAGAGGAAAGCUCUAUUUCGUGGUGAUCAUGGAAGUGCACUUUACAUGCAACAGACGACCAAUGAUAGACAAAAUGAGGAUAUUGGUGCUCCCUUAUUACUUUCUCCUUCAGCAUCUAAGAAAAGGAAAAAUCAGGACCGAUUAUUUUCUACAUCAUCAAAGGAUCAGCCCGCUAAAAGUCUUGCACCCUUGGUACAGGCUAAGAGGUCUGCACAGCUUCAUUCUUCUACUUCCAUUCCUGUAGCUAGUUCUGUUGCUGCUCCAGUGGCAUCUAAUAAGGUUACAUAUAGGUCUCUUCUGGCAGAUGUAAUCCAACCAGAGCAUGCUAGGGAUCUGUGUAAGGUUUUGGUGGUGAUGUCUGAAGAGGUUGCCAAAAAGAUUGCUGAGAGGCGAGUUCAAGAGUCGGCCGAGCAGGAAGGUCAUGUUGAAAGUUUCCAGCACUCAGAUAAUGACAGCGAUACAAGACAGAAAGAUUCAGCUACGCAGAGCACUUUGGCAGACGAGUGUUCAAAUGGAAUUCCUAUUAACCAACCUAUCACCGAAGAAACUGGGUCUGAAUGUGGGGAAGCAGAAAAGGGAGGAAGGGUUAUGUCUCCUGGAACAUUAGCGCUAUUGUGUGAUGAGCAAGACAUGAUUUUUGCAACGUCUCAAGCUAUUGCCAAAGAUCCAAGAUCCUCCAGCAACCAGAGUACAUCAGAGGUUUAUGCUGAGCAAGAGCGGGCUGUACUGAUUGAGUUCAGAGAAUAUCUCCUUAAGUUAGUCACCUAUGGACGAAGGAAAGUUGCAGAAGAGAAAUACACAUCUUUGUCUUCUCAGUAUGAAAAGCCUUGCCAUAUGGAAUCGGCUCUCAAUGGCAUUGCUACAGCUUCAGUUCCACUAACUGUGGAGAUAGCUCAGACAAGAAAAGUAGGUCUUCCUUAUUCUAAAUAUCCACCACCAGUUGGAUCUCAAAUCAUAGGAAAUGGAGACAUAAAAGCUGAGAUGUAAUCAAUUGGGCAAAGCUAAACAAUGCAUUUCUCAGAGAUAAACGCAUGCCUCAUGGAACAAAACUUAUGUGUGGAUCAGAGUGUGGACUAUGAAAAAUAGAUGCACUUGACGUGAAAAUGAAAGUUGAUAUUGAAGAUAAAAGAGCCACACUGAGUAUUGAAGGAGUGCAUCAGGACAGUGAUGCAUUUACUGGCAUCUUUAGAAUUGUUUAUUUUUUUUAAUCACGAAUUACAGAUUCAAUGAGAUGUAUGUUGUUAAAUUCAAAAAAACAAUCCGGUAUUUAUUCAUAACGAAUAAGAAAACAAGUUGGGUUUAUGAA